AUGGAUGACUCCUCUGAAGAAGAUGAUGUGGAGAAGGAGGUAGCAUUCAUUGCAAAGAACUUCAGAAAAUUUCUGAAGAUGAAAAACAGUGGGAAGCUGUUUAGCAAAGGGAAGUUUUCAUCCUCCAAAGGUGAUAGGAAAGAGUUUAAGAAGAAAGAUGGGAAGGAGUUUCAAUCCCCUCAAGGAAUCGUGUGUUACGAAUGCAAUGGUCAUGGACAUCUCAAGAAGGAAUGUCCCAACUAUUUGAGAGGGAACGGUAAAGUGUUUGCCACUAUCCUUAGUGAUUCUGUCAGCUCAAAUUCAAACACUAAAGGAGAAUGUGAUAGUGAAGGAAAUUAUAGGGCCUUUAUGGCUAUUGCCUCCGUUGAUUCAAAGGAUCAUUUGAGCAAUUUGGUUGAUGAACUUGGUAAUAUUUCUGAAGAUGAGGAAAUUGAAGAAUCAGAAGAUGAAGAUGUGUGCCAAAAUGAAGGGGAGAACAACCUUCAAGAAGCAUAUGAUUCUCUGUUGGAAGAUUGUGGAAAAUAUACCAAAGUUGCGAAUCUUGCUAUGAAAAAGAUGAAAAAGGUUGAGGAUGAGCAUAGGUGUAUACUUGUGCAACUCAAGGAAGCAAAGUGUGAAGUAGAAGGACUCAAGGGAGAAUUGGUUGAAGCUUACUCUAAGAUCAAGUUUCUUGAACGUGAGGUUAUCCAAGCUAAUGUCAAGGUUGAGCGCAUCUCCACCAAGAAACUUGACAAUGUGCUAUCCUCUCAAAAAUCUUCACAUGAUAAGACCGGUUUGGGCUAUACUGGAGAAGGAAGUUCUAGCAACGAACCCAAGAAGGAAGUAAGGUUCGUAUCAACCAAGAAUGAUGAGAAACUCAAAGAAGUGAAGCCUAAGAUUGAGACCCCUACUAUUGUAAAAAGAACCAUUGGUGCAAAAUCAAAGGAAAAAGGGAAGUCAUUACCCAAAAAUCAAAGGGGGCCUCAAGUGAAGCAUGUGUGUCAUCACUGUGGUGUACAAGGGCACACAAGGCCGAAUUGUUUCAAGCUUCAUGCACUCAAGAAGGCUGACUCUAUGCGUGGCCAAGAAAUUUCAAAGAGAAGACCAAAGGGAGCACAAGCUAAAAAGGAGAUACAAAUGUUCGUGGUUCGCCAAUUUGGUUCUUUUCCUGCCUCUGUUACAACCAUAUAUUCUACCAUUGUAGUGUAUAGAGCAAUUGUAUCAUGUAGAAUUGAUUUCUAG